AUGCUCAAUCGACGUCUUUUUUCUCGCACCACACGCUAUUUUCUAUCACCCUUAUCCAAUCGGAGACGACAACAUUAUUUUCACAGUUCACAAGUGGCACAAACUGGUCAGGAAUUGAAAGGAACUGACCAAAACUUUGAGAAAUUGGUUGAACAAGCCAGCGAACCUGUUAUAGUGGAUUUUUACGCAGAUUGGUGUGGACCAUGUAGAGUUCUCGGUCCAUUAAUAAAAAAGGUAGUAGAAGCCAAUAAAAAAGUCACACUUGUGAAAUUAGACAUCGAGGAGAAUAAAUUGGUCGCUGAAAAGUUUAUGAUCAGUUCAUUACCAACAGUGAAGGCUUUUCAUAAGGGAAAAGAAAUUGAUACUUUUAUCGGAUUACGAGAUUCUAGUUUCAUUAAAGAUUUUGUGGAAAAGACUGGUUCUUUGGCUACUGAUUCUUAA